UGUUUACCUUUCGCCGUUAGUGCGGGAAAGUGAGGGGUUCCGUGGUCCUGUUUCGUAGUUCAAGCUGCCGAACGAUGAGCAAACUUUUGAAAGCUUGCUUCAUAAAGCCACUAACCGAUCGGCAUCCACCGAUCCCGAUUGCAGAUGAGCGGAAGUUUGUGGGCCGCAGUCCGGAGACGCAAAUACAGGAUCCAUGUUGCUCUCGGCAGCAAGUCUGUCUGAAGGCCAACUUCAAGGAGGGUUUCGUGCUGGUGAAAUCUCUCGGCUCGAAUCCAUCGGUUCUGAACGGGAAGCAGCUUGAGAAGAAUAUGGGCUACGAAGCACACGAUGGAGAUAUCCUGGAGCUGCUGCCGGGUAAUCAUCAGUACACAUUCGUGCUUGAAUUCGACGAAAUAAAGGAAACAAAGAGUGCCUCGAAAAAUAAGGAGGAAGUUACAGAGAAGAGCAAAGAGGCGAAGCAAAAGGACAGAAGAGAAUCGAAUAAACGGAGUUUAUCGAAAGAGGAUAAAAAGGAUGAAGAUGAGAGCCGAAAGAAGAAAAAGAAUAAUCACGAACGGAACGAAAGUUCCGGGAGCUCUAGUAGAUCGGACAGCGUGGAUCGACGAAAAAAUGGGAAAGUAAUCCCGGUUCCAUCUCCGGACAAUAAAUGGGAGGACAUGGAUUCGAAGUUGCUGUACAUAUUCACGAGUAAAAACGUCGUAUCUUCGGAGAAGAUCGCAGCAUACGAUAUGGACGGAACCCUCAUAAAGACCAAAUCAGGAAACGUGUUCCCCAAAUCUAUUGACGAUUGGCAGAUAGCCUUCGCGGAGGUUCCUGGCAAAUUAAAGUCCCUGUACAAAAGCGGAUAUAAGAUGGUGAUAUUCACUAACCAGGCUGGAAUUUCUAAAGGAAAGCUGAAAAUCGAAGAUUUCAAGAAGAAAAUUGAGGCCCUCCAACUGAAGUUGAACAUACCGAUGCAAGUGUUUAUUUCGACAGGAAAAGGAAAAUAUCGCAAACCAUUGACUGGAAUGUGGGACACGCUGUGUCAAUUGAAAAAUGACAACGUCCAAAUAGACAAAGCCCGAUCCUUCUAUGUUGGUGAUGCCGCGGGUCGGCCGGAACAAAAGAAGCCAAACAAGCGAAAAAAGGACCACUCUUGUGCGGAUCGCUUGAUGGCAUUGAACGUUGGGAUUCCGUUCCUUACACCGGAGGUACAUUUUCAGAAUGCUAAAGAUGUAGAGUGGACGCGGCCCGAAUUUGAUCCAAAAGCAGCGCUGGAGAGGCGUGAACUGCUCACCCCGGUCGGAGCUGAAUUAAUAUCAUCCGAGCCGGAAGUCAUUGUCUUGGUAGGAUUCCCUGGAUCUGGGAAAAGUCACUUCGCUCGGGUGCAUCUCGAAGCUAAGGGUUAUGUAUCGAUCAAUCGGGACACGCUGGGCUCUUGGCAAAAAUGUGUCUCACUGAUGGAAAGCACUCUUCGCAGUGGGAAGCGAGCAGUGGUGGAUAAUACGAGCCCCGAUGUGGAGAGCAGGAAGAGGUUUGUGGAUAUUGCGAAGAAAAUGAAGGUGCCCUGCAGAUGCUUCGUGAUGGGUGCUAGCUAUAAGCAGGCCAAACACAAUAAUGUUUUCCGGGAAAUGACCGACCGUUCACAUUCUUCCAUUAGCGACAUGGUUUUCAAUAUGUAUAAAUCAAAGUAUCAGGAACCUUCAGUGGGAGAAGGUUUCCAGGAGAUUGUGAAAGUCAAUUUCGUGCCGAAAUUCGAAUCGGAUGCCGAUGAGAGGUUGUACAAGCAAUAUCUGCUAGAGAGUUAAUGUAAUUAUUUCGUUUGUAAACUUAACCAAAUAUGGAGAACAGGAUUUCCUGCAACAUCGAUUACUGGUGUCGUAGCUCAUAGUGACCACAACUCUAAUUUGGAGACUAUUUCUAGAUCAGUAUGAAAUAAAUGUUAAAUUAUACGUUGUAUCAA